UAUUUCUACAUCAACUUCACACACAUGGGUCAGAAACGACCCACACAAAUUUGCUGAAUCAUUUGGUGUCAACUGCGUCUGUGACAUUUGCUCCCUGUAGUAUGGCUGUUCGCAGAUUUACUGCUGAGAUGGUUGCAGCAAUGAUUCAGGAAGAAUUAAAUGAGGAAGAUGAAGAGGCAAUUUGUUCUGAAUCCGAGUCAGAAAAUUCUGACGAUGAUGACCCAGAAUAUGGAGUUGUGGGUGUGUCUGGGGAUCCAGCACUCCUACAUGAAGACUCCUCUGAUAGAAAAGACGACUCAUCUGGUGACUCCUCAGAGGAGGAAACUCAGACUCAGUCCAGUAGACUGAGUAAAAAUGGGUCUUACUGGAAUGAGAACCCCCCCACUCAUGGCAGAACAAGAAGCCAUAAUAUCCUGAGGAGCUGCCCAGGACCUACACCUGGAUCAACAGCUGUCUCACCUAAAGAUGCCUGGGAUAUGUUCAUUACUGACAAUAUCAUUGAAGAGAUUUUGAAAUGCACCAAUUUAGAGGGACGAAGAAUAGCCACAGCAAAAGGGAAAGAGUGGAGAAGCAUCAAUAAAGAGGAAUUCAUGGCCUUUAUUGGUUUGACCCUCCUUGCAGGAGGGGAGAAGAGCUGGGAUGUGGCCUUGCGGGAGCUGUUUAUGGAUCCGCUCCAAAAUCCCAUUUACAAAGCCACCAUGAGCACUGGGAGAUAUGAAGAUAUCCGCCGUGUCAUACGGUUUGACGACAAGAGGACCAGGGCUCUGCGACAGGAAACAGACCACAUGGCGGCAUUUAGGUACGUGUGGGGCUGUUUCCUGGACAACUGCAGAAGACGGUUCAUCCCCAGUGACUGUGUCACCAUAGAUGAGCAGCUUGUGCCAUUCCGAGGCAGGUGUAAGUUCAGGCAAUACAUGCCCAGCAAGCCCGCAAAGUACGGGAUAAAAAUCUUCUGGAUGUGCGAUGCAAGGGUACCCUAUGCAAUAGAUGGAACUGUCUAUACAGGGAGACAGCCAGGACAGGAAGUUCAGAGGAACCUUGGGGAGAGUGUCGUCCAACAAUUGUGUAGCGGAAUAAGGCAGACAGGUCGCAACAUCACAAUGGACAACUUUUUCACUAGUGUCCCUCUGGCUAAGAAGCUCCUCGAGAAGAACCUGACCAUUGUUGGGACUCUUCGCCAGAACAAGCCAGACAUACCACCUGUCAUGAAGCCAUCCAAAUCACGGGAGAUUCAUAGCUCAGAAUUUGGAUUCAGUGGCAACAUGACCAUGGUGAGCUAUGUGCAGAAGAAGGGAAAGGCUGUUGUCCUCCUGAGCACCAUGCAUGAUGACAAGGCAGUGGAUGACAGUCGAAAGAAGAAACCAGAAAUGAUCCAGUACUACAACAAGACAAAAGGAGGAGUGGACACAAUGGAUCAGAUGGUUAGCAACUAUUCAUGUAAGCGGAGAACCUCGAGGUGGCCCCUAGUUCUCUGGUACAAUAUGCUGGAUGUUGCCACCCUCAAUGCCUACACCAACUUCACCACACAACACCCUGAUUACAUGGGUGGUGUGAACAAUGCACGUCGGCUAUUCAUCAAGGAGCUGGGCAAAGAGCUUGUUAUGCCACAUAUGAAGAGGCGCAUGGAGGGCACACCCAAACUCCAGAGGCAUAUCGUUGAAGCAAUGGAAAGAUGUGGGGUAAAAAAAAAAAACCCAGCCACCACCCAGUCACAAGAAGCCAUCCGGCAAGAGGGCCAAAGGAAGAGGAAGAGGUGCUCGAUCUGCCCUGUCUCCAAGGACAGAAAGGUCAGCAGCUGGUGUUCCCAGUGCACCAGGCCUGUUUGCAAGGAGCACAAACAUGUGGUUGUCAUUUGUGAGCAAUGUAAAUAUUGAGGUGGCAAUUAUUGGUCUUGUUAUGUGGUCUUGUUAAGUUGUAUUGUAUUUUGUUAGGUCACAUUUCACCAGUUUACAGUUCAGUUCAGUUAUCUGUUACCAGAGUUAUGUGUCAUGGUUGUCAUGGUUGAUUCCUGCUUCCUAGUUUCCUACCCACCAAUCUGUGUUCUCCUCACUCCCCCUCACACCUGUCCCUCCCCCUUUUGGAUUUUUCCUGUAAUCUUUUUUUGUUUAUAUAAAAGAUGCUUUGGUCAACCCGUCUCAGCCUAUAUCUUCAAAAUUGAAUGACUUCAUGCUGUAAUAAUCAUAAUAAUACUUAUUAUGAUUAUUAUUAUUAUUAUUAUUAGUAGUAGUAGUAGUAGUAGUAGUAGUAGUAUGAAGUAAUUUAAUUUUAAAUCACACCGGGAUGAAUGGGUCAUUUUUGACCCAUGUGUGUAAAUUUGAUGUCGUAAUAUAAAAUCAAUUUUUGUUCAUUAAGUAUGAAAGGAAAAAUGGAAGAAUGAUCAGUGGUAAUCAAAAACAA